UCCUGUGACAUUUGCCAUUGCAGUGGUUUUGAGCUGGACCAGACCUUACUUAGGAGUGUUCAGAAAAUACGUGGUUGAAAUGUUUUAUUUCAACCCUACAACCAUGGCGUCAGAGUGGACAACCUACUACGAAAUAGCCGCGACGGUCUCCUUAACAGCCUCAGUGAGAAUAGCUAAGCUGCUGCCUGCCUGGUACUACAACUUUCGCGUUACCAUGGUGACCUGGGGAGACCCGGAAUUGAGCUGCUGUGACAGUUCCACCAUAAGCUUCAUAACAGCUCCAGUUGCUCCAGAAAUCACUUCUGUGGAAUAUUUCAACAGUUUGUUAUAUAUCAGUUGGACCUACGGGGAUGACACCACUGACCUCUCACAUUCUAGAAUGUUGCACUGGAUGGUUGUUGCUGAAGGAAAGAAGAAAAUUAAAAAGAGUGUAACACGCAAUGUCAUGACUGCAAUUCUCAGCCUGCCUCCUGGAGAUAUCUACAACCUCUCGGUAACUGCUUGCACUGAGAGAGGAAGCAAUACAUCUACACUCCAGCUGGUCAAGCUAGAACCAGCUCCUCCCAAAUCCCUUUUUGCAGUGAAUAAAACCCAGACUUCAGUGACUUUGCUGUGGGUGGAAGAGGGGGUGGCUGAUUUCUUCGAAGUCGUCUGUCAGCAAGUUGGUUCUAGCCAAGAAACAAAACUCCAGGAACCCAUCUCUGUUUCUUCUCAUGUUGUGACCAUCUCCAGCCUCCUUCCUGCUACUGCCUACAACUGUAGUGUCACCAGCUUUAGCCAUGACAGCCCCAGUGUUCCCACCUUCAUAGCUGUCUCGACAAUGGUUACAGAGAUGAAUCCUAACGUGGUGGUCAUCUCUGUGCUGGCCCUCCUGAGCACGCUAUUAAUUGGACUGCUGCUAGUUACCCUCAUCAUCCUAAGGAAAAAACACCUUCAGAUGGCUAGGGAGUGUGGAGCUGGAACUUUUGUCAAUUUCGCAUCCUUAGAGAGGGAUGGCAAGCUUCCCUACAACUGGCGUAGGAGUAUAUUUGCUUUCUUAACCCUGCUACCCUCAUGUCUUUGGACUGAUUAUCUUUUGGCAUUUUAUAUUAAUCCUUGGAGUAAAAAUGGUUUAAAGAAGAGGAAACUGACUAACCCUGUUCAACUAGAUGACUUUGACGCCUACAUCAAGGAUAUGGCCAAAGAUUCUGACUACAAGUUUUCCCUCCAGUUUGAGGAGCUGAAAUUGAUUGGACUGGAUAUUCCACACUUUGCUGCAGACCUUCCGCUGAACCGCUGUAAAAAUCGUUACACAAACAUCCUACCAUAUGACUUUAGCCGAGUGAGAUUAGUCUCCAUGAAUGAAGAGGAAGGGGCAGACUACAUCAAUGCCAACUAUAUCCCUGGAUACAACUCUCCCCAGGAGUAUAUUGCCACCCAGGGGCCACUGCCUGAAACCAGAAAUGACUUUUGGAAAAUGGUCCUACAACAGAAGUCGCAGAUUAUUGUCAUGCUCACUCAGUGCAAUGAGAAAAGACGGGUGAAAUGUGACCAUUACUGGCCCUUCACGGAAGAGCCCAUAGCUUACGGAGACAUCACUGUGGAGAUGAUUUCGGAGGAAGAGCAGCACGACUGGGCCUGCAGACACUUCCGGAUCAACUACGCUGAUGAGACACAGGAUGUGAUGCACUUAAACUACACCUCAUGGCCUGAUCACGGCGUGCCCACAGCAAAUGCUGCAGAAAGUAUCCUGCAGUUCGUCCACGUGGUCCGACAACAAGCCACCAAGAGCAAAGGCCCCAUGAUCGUGCACUGCAGCGCGGGGGUGGGGCGCACCGGGACCUUCAUCGCCCUGGACCGGCUCCUGCAGCACAUUCGGGAUCACGAGUUCGUGGACAUCUUGGGGCUGGUGUCGGAAAUGCGGUCGUACCGGAUGUCGAUGGUACAGACAGAGGAGCAGUACAUCUUCAUCCAUCAGUGCGUGCAGCUGAUGUGGGUGAAGAAGAAGCAGCAGUUCUGCAUCAGCGAUGUCAUCUACGAGAAUGUCAGCAAGUCCUAGCCCAGGGCCGCAGCAGACAUGGCGUGCACCUAGCCUCCCUUGCUUCCAGAGUUUUUUUGGGGGGAGGGCUCUGCUAGCCCUUUCGCUAAAGAGCCCCUGCUUUGCGGUACGUGGCCAUGGUGGUGAUCAUUUCUCUCACAGAAGCACUGGGAAGACAGCCUUAAAGAGCCUGCAGUGUCUUCGGGACAUUUAAUCACGGACCAAAUUCAAUCGAACAGCAGACUGGUAUAGGGGAGCCCCCCUGCGGCACCCCCCCACCCCUGGGCAGGUUGGGCUGAGUUGACUCUCCUUGCUUUUAAGUGCAAUGCUUUUUGUACGUAUGUGUGAACUUACCAGAAAGUGGAACUGUUUUCGGCCCACACGGUUGAUCCAGCCCUAGCCCAGAAGGAACAGGCAUUGUUAGUGUUGAAUUAUACCUCAUGUUAUCACAAAAAAGGCCAGGCCACACGCAAAGAGAAGGAGACUGAGCCAGCGCAGCCUGCACACUCACCUGGAGCUGCGGGAGCAGGCGGGGGAGUCUCCACCUGGCGAUCAACCCCGUUUCUUUUCCAGAUACGCAAAGCUGUAAUUCAGCUUCACAGUAGAGUAGAAAACGUACUUGAGUCUUCAGUGUUCUAGUUCUUGAUGGUUUUCCUCUUGACUUCAGUGUUUCCUCCUUGGCCCCUGUGGACUAACCGAACUCCCCGCCCUUUUCUGAAGCGCCGGGUCUGGUUCUGAAGGGCUGGAGGCCCGAGCGGUCUCAGAAUCUUGUGUUCCUUUUCUGUUGAUCUGCACACACAUAGAAGCUACUUCUUUGAGAACUAUAGGCUGUGAAAACGCACUUUCCUUCCCCCAAAGAGCUGGGAGUUGGUGACGUUCCGACAGGGAACUCCAGCAUGCUAGGACGAAAUUUAGCUACCUUGGGGGAGGGGGGAUGUUGUCAAGUGUCUCCAUUCUUUGGAUUUUGUAUGACUGCAGUACCUGGCUGUGUAGUAUGACAUGAAUGCUGUCAAGGUGGACAGCGGUGGCCUGCUACUGUGUCACUUCCUCAGAGGGAGAGGUGCCGGUAGGGCUAGGCGGCAAGACAUUUUGAGUUGAAUGUAAAUAGAAGCUGCCUGCUUCAUUGUGGCUGGGGUGUGCAUGGGGGUGCAGGGCCUGCUCCUCUGUGUGGGAUCUCUGCUCCCACCACCCUGGCUCCAUUCCUAUCGAGCAUCUUCAUGAAGCAAUGCACAUAGGAAUGGAGGAAUGUUUUGCAGUGACCUCAGUGCUGGUGAAGGGUGCCAAGUGAACAGCCUUGCACCCCACCAUCUCCUGUCACUGGGAGCACCUUGGCACAGCUCUCUGGCCUGUGAGUCUGUUUCACCUGGCAGGGAGGAUGGCUGUCCCCCCGCAGGCUGACAGCUUGGGCUCCAGGGGGCACUGUCGACUCCUACUCACCUCCCUUCACGCCUCCCUGUUGCCUAACACCUCUUAGACACCCACCCCUAACACCCCUCCCUCCUCGGCCACAUUAAUAAUGUAUCACUCCAUUCUCAGGAACACACCUGGUUAAAGAGAGGUGGCAAAUGCAUGUGUGACAUUGUUAGAUUCACACAAGCGGGCCGGUCAGGAGUAAAGAGAAGCUUGGAGAGCCGGUCUGCAGCACGGGAGGCUGGAACGGUCUCUGAUGGUCAUGGACUGGAACAUCGCGGCCUCUGAAAUUUAAAGCACCGCAUAAAUACUUCAUGGGUUUCUUGAGCACCCCUUCAUGGUAGGGAUCAAAUAGUACAGCUAGCUCAGUUUUCCCAAAAGAAAAAAGUAUACAGAAUUUAGACUACUACACAGAGGUCACACUAGAGCACUUUACUAGAACAUUCCUUCCGGGGUCUUCUCAGCUGGCACUCAGCUCGCUGGUGCCCUGAAAUUGUUGAGAUUCCAGUGGGAAAAACAGUGGCUUGGAUCUUCUCUCUCCUGAGUUUUGGUUAAUAACUAUGUAGGAUGACUUACUAAUAGCUCCAAUUCUUUUCAGAUACAAGGAAAAUGAGGUAGGACUCACCCACAGGUGCUCCAUCCUUGCUCCAGCUUAAUCUCCACCCCAAGACUCAGACUCGAGUGUUCAGAGGGGAGGCUGAGAGAGCCUGUGAAUGAGGCUUCUGUUGAGUCAGCAUCUGAGUCGCGCCUCUGCACGAGGGAGCUGGAAAUUAUCUGAGCGCUUUUGAGAUCACACUCCUUGGCUGCAAAGGUGACCUGAAGUUAGCUGAGAAGCUAACAUUGGGGGUUUCCUUUAUCCAUUUAGUAGGGGGCGCCAGCAUACCCGUCACUGCACAUCAUUACAUAGCUUACACAGGAAAGUAGUAGAUGGCAACCCUAUUUUUGGACAAUCUAAUUCAGGGUUUACAGUUCCCCCCUACAAAGACAACAUUGUUCCCCUUACCCCACUUUAAAAUGAGAAAACUUAUUGAGCUUUUUUUAAAUGUCAGAUUUUUUUUUUUACUUUUUCUAACCCGGCAUCCUAAAAAAAAGCCUGUGAUAGCAACAUGUAAGCAGAAGCCUGAGGCUUUGGAUCGAAAAUAUUUGCAGGCCAUAUGAGAGCUGCUUGCUGGUGGCUGUUAGCCAAGGAGUUAAAGCUCACUGACUCCAAUCCCUAAGAGCCAAGUCCUGCCUGCUUUCUAGCAAAGCUUCCUGUCCACCUCGGGAGAGGUCUGAUGUCAUGUGCUCCAACUAGCUGGCUGGGUUCCCUGCUCGCUGGCCCUUUUGAUAGGCCCCGAGCCUGAGGCCAUGCCCACAAUGUCCACUGAGGCAAAGGUCUGACCGAGCAUCCCACAAAAAUGGCUAACCUGUACCCCUUACUUCUCAGUAGUCCCCUAGGGUAUGCCUUUGAUGGAAACUGACAGCUGUGAGCACUGACCUUCCAGAACAACAGUAUUUUUGUUUUCAGUGACUGCUUAUCACAAAGCCUGAUCCCAGUGGGUCACUCGGUUAGACAUGGGAGAUCAUGUUUAGCUCUGGAACUUGUAUCUGAAGAGGCACCUUAAACUGAAGGCUGUCCACGAUGUCGCCAGACCUGCUAGGAAUGUAGAAAACAGGUGAUUCUAACAAGGCCUGGGAACAAAGGAUGGGCUAAGUCUGAAGUGAAGGAGCCAUGCAUUCAGCCAUUCGUGUAGCAAAUAUUUGAUGACUCAACCAGUGAAAGCUUUCUUCAUACUUGUGACAUUUGGCACUGGCAUAAUAAGCAUGGUGCCCUGUGCUAACUUGUAAAAAAAGUUAUAAAUUUAUUUGUUGUUGGAAGAAUCGAGCACAGUCGAGACUUUGGUAGCAUUUUUCACUUAGAUAGCCCCAACUUUGCCAAUUCAUUGCAUACCCAUCCCCACCCCCCCAUCUGUGGUUUCAGUUACCUGGGUCAGCCAUGCUCUGCAAACACAGUAAGACCUUUGGAGAGCAAGUCAGGUCAUGCUCACAUAACUUCUUUGAGUAGAUUGUUGAAAUUUCCCAGUGUUAAUCUCUUACUGUGCCUAACGUAUGAAUUAUGCAUACUUAUGAUAGGGCUUGUCUCCUGCAAGUUUUUCCUUCAAUUUACAGAACAGAAGAUCCAGGUUCUCGUUUUUGUUACUCACCAACCACCACAGGUCCUUGGUGAGAAUCACUGAGCUGGGCUGGUCUCCCCUCCUGCAUACCUCCGCUCCCAAGAAUGCCACCUCAGCAGGCAGGCUGUCCCUGCGUUUUUUAGAGCAUUUCCUUUUAGUCAUAGGAUCUCUACCAAAAAUAUGAAUGG